AUGGCUCCCCAUGCUUUGGCCUUCAGCACGUAUGAGGCCGCUGUCGCAAGUGUCCUGGCCAUGCUGAAAUCGGGCGAUCUGAUGCUGGUCCUUGGGCUGCGGCACGACAAGAGCCUCGUGCGCUUUUUCGAGCAGGCGGCGUCACGGCGGGAUUUCCAGCUCCAGGACGUUACGUGUUCAGCGGGCCUGUCAUCAGCUGAUCGUUCCAACAUGCUUUCUGGCGCGAAGCUGUGCUGGCUUGAUGGCAACGCAAAUGACAAGAUGGAAAUCAAUUCUUGGGGCAAAGCCUGCGCAAGGGCCGGCGUGGUGCUUGUUGUAGAUGGCUCCGCGUGCCCUCCAACUUCGCAAUUCCUGUCGGAAGGCGCUUCAGUCGCUCUGUACCUCUGCGAUGCAUUCAUUUCUGGCCGUGGGGACAUUUACAGCUGCUUACUUUCUACCAAUGAUCCAGCUGUAUUCAAGAGCGUACAGUACUUUCGACAGACCAUGGGGAGCAUGCCUGGCAACUUUGAUUGUUAUCUGGCGUUUCGUGGAUUCAUGAGUCUGAAGGCACGGCUGGAUCGCCAGUCUGCAACCACCGCGUACCUUGUCGGACAGCUUCGGCUUCGCAUGAGCGAGACUUUGCGGGUGGAAAGCGUGUCGCAGACAAGCUUCCAGCUUCGAAUCCUGGGAACAAAUCCCGACCAGGCCAUUGUGCAUCAGGGCUUGGGAAAGCACAUAGCCGAAAUCGGGAAGAAGG